AAGCGCAACUGUGACGCGCGCGUUAGGGAAUUUUCAACUAUUAAAAAAUAAUGCUUUCAAGAAAAAUAUUGUUCCCUAAUCUUCUUCUUAUCAAUAAUCUUAAUUUUAUUUACUGACAAUAUCCAAGCCAAUUUUUUUAUCUAAAAACGAACGUGAGGUUUAUAGUAACUUUUUUUUGCGCAAUCAGCGACUGGCGCCAAUUACAAAGAUCUUUAAAUUAAACGGUCGCUGAACAAUAAACAAUAUUUUGCGAAAAACGUUGCAAAGUUUAUUUGUGCGUUUUAACGUCAUCGGUAGCGAUGCGUCGUAGAGAAUUUCAAAUUAAUCUCCGCAAAUUUAUCGCGGACGCGAACAGUCUUCGGUGUUUCGGAAGAUAGGUUAGAAAAACAUCGCGCGCUCCGUGAUUUUGUUGUUGCCCGUAGAAGAUUUUUUCCGUUAUCGCAUGCGAGUGACGAUGUUGGUCCCGGCAAGGAGCGUGCCGUGCAAUCUGCGACGAAUCGCCGCAUGUGUCACUUAUAGAAACAAAAUGCGAACGAAGAUCGCGCGGCAGGGCGACGGAUCGAAUUUGCUGUCCGCCUCGUGCUCGUCCCCGAGUAUCGCCGCCUGCAGAGUUUACAGCACCGAGUCGGAUUCCGAGCCGCGGGUCUCCCUGCCCGCGCUCGUGGACGGCGCCGAGAUGUUCAAUCCGUCUCUUAUACUCCCGUUUCGCUUUUUCUUCCUGUCUUUCUUUCAGAUUCCGCGCAUAGAUAAAGAGUUUCUUCUAUCCGAGACCCUCAACGGAACAAAAUAUGCAAUAACAGUAAUAUCCAAGGCUUUAGCGAAUGAAGACUACGAUUCCUUAGAAGGUCUUGUGGCAGAAGAUAUGAUAGAAGUUUUAAGGACAAAGAUCGAGACUCUUAGCUCUGGGCAAAGAUGGUUAAUUGCGGUAAACGAGGAAGAUAUUGUGUUUAAUGUCUUGGGUGAUAUUGCAGUUACGACAGAUGAGGAGCAUUCCAUUGAAAUUAAAACGAUCUGUCACUACAUCCCAGAAAAAGCCAAGAAACAACAGAGGCUACAGACAAUGACAGAUAUCUUAAAAUUAGAGGACUUGGUAAUGUGUAAUUAUACAUUUACCCGUAAAUAUGUAAAUAAUAUUGGUGGUCCAUGGAUUGCAACUUUUGUAAAUCACUACAGUAUUAAUACAUAAAGUAGUAGAUACAUUUGCAGAACAGUUUGAAAUAAAAUUCGCGUUAAUCCGUUUA